AGAGAGAGAGGGAGGGAGGGCGAGUGAAAGUGGAGAGGCAGGCGGGCAGACUUGUUGCAACAGAUGGCUUUACCAGCGGCGGCUCGGCGGCGGCUGCACCGAGGAACUCUGGGACGCCGUUAGACAGAGAUAGAGGGAGAGAGGGAGGGGUGUUAGAAAGUCACGGCACUGGAAGGGAGCAGGAAGAACAGAGCGAGGAAGACUUCUUCUUCUUCUUCUUCUUCUUCCUCUUCUUCUUCGUCUGCUCUCAGUGUUCCUCUGCAGACAGACGGGAAGACGCGUCGGGAAGUUGUCCAGCUGAGAGGAGCAACAGUUUUAUAGAGGAGAUGACUGUGAUCUGAGCCCUCGCCCUCCUCCUCCUCCUCCUCCUCCUCCUCCUCCUCCUCCGGCUCGGGGGUCAGAGAGGAGAACACCUGCUGACAGCGAGGAGCUCCUGAGGGAGGAGACGCAGCAGCAGGAGGACUGAACGCAGCAGGAGACCCGACACACCGAACAGAUCCCUGCUGAGCUGAUCGCUGUCCAACACUGGUGAUACUCCAGAGCCUGCACAAGAGGUCGAGUCUCCGCGAGGGGGGGAAGCAGCUGAUCGGUCGACCUCUCGGGGAGGUCGGGGGUCAAAGGUCAUGGCGGGGCGACUCCUCCUCUUCCUGUUCCUUUCUGUGACGCUCAGCCACGCCCACAUAACCUCUGGCCAGCGUCUGAAGCCCCGCCUCCAGAGAGACCGCCGCAACAUCCGGCCGAACAUCAUCCUCAUCCUGACGGACGACCAGGACCAGGAGCUGGGUUCCAUGCAGGCGAUGAACAAAACUCGCCGCAUCAUGGAGGAGGGCGGGACUUCCUUCUCCAACGCCUUCGUGACCACGCCCAUGUGCUGUCCGUCACGUUCGAGCAUGCUCACUGGAAAGUACGUUCACAACCACAACACCUACACCAACAACGAGAACUGCUCCUCGAUGUCAUGGCAACGGCAGCACGAGCCGCGGACCUUCGGGGUUUACCUGAACAACACUGGCUACAGGACAGCCUUCUUCGGGAAGUAUCUGAACGAGUACAACGGCUCGUACGUCCCGGCCGGCUGGAGGGAGUGGCUCGGUUUGGUGAAGAACAGCCGCUUCUACAACUACACACUGAGCCGCAACGGAGUCCGAGAGAAACACGGAGCUCAGUAUCCACAGGACUACCUGACCGACCUGAUCACGGCCGAGUCCAUCAGGUACUUCCGCUACUCCAAGCGAGUUUAUCCUCACCGACCGGUGCUGAUGGUUCUGAGCCACGCCGCCCCGCACGGACCUGAAGACUCGGCGCCGCAGUACAGCACCGCCUUCCCCAACGCAUCGCAGCACAUCACACCGAGCUAUAACUACGCUCCGAACCCGGACAAGCACUGGAUCAUGCGUUACACCGGCGCCAUGAAGCCCAUCCACAUGGAGUUCACCAACGUGCUGCAGAGGAAGCGGCUGCAGACGCUGCUGUCAGUGGACGACAGUGUGGAGAAGCUGUACAACAUGCUGGUGGAGACGGGCGAGUUGGAGAACACCUACAUCAUCUACACGUCGGAUCACGGCUACCACAUCGGACAGUUCGGCCUCGUCAAAGGGAAAUCGAUGCCGUACGAGUUCGACAUCAGAGUCCCGUUCUUCAUCAGGGGACCCAACGUUGAGCAAGGCAGCAUAAACCCUCACAUGGUUCUGAACAUCGAUCUGGCUCCGACCAUCCUGGACAUCGCCGGCCUCGACACUCCUCCAGACAUGGACGGGAAGUCGAUAUUGACUCUACUGGACACUGACAGGCCUGUUAACAGGUUCCAGGUGAACAAGAAGCCGAAGUUGUGGAGGGACUCGUUCCUGGUGGAGAGAGGGAAGCUGCUGCACCAGCGUGUGGAGGGGAAGGAAGUGUCGCAGGAGGAGAACUUCCUCCCCAAACACCAGCGAGUCAAAGAUCUGUGUCAGAGAGCCGAGUACCAGACGCCCUGCCAGCAGACCGGACAGAAGUGGCAGUGUGUGGAGGACGCCACGGGGAAGCUCCGGCUCUUCAAAUGUAAGAGCGAAGGAGGCGGAGCUAAGAACUUCCAGAGGGGCGUGUCCGGCCGCCAGCGUCCACUCAGCAUCAAGUCUCAGCUGUACAACCAGAAGUCGGACGCCUGCGACUGCGACCUGCGCGACCUCCGACCUCUGAACCUGCGGCCCUCCAUGAUGAGGCCGUUCAACAAGAAGCCCUUCUUCCCCAAGAAGAAGUUCAAAGCCUUGAAGAGUUACUCCAGGAACCGUUACAGCCGCUCCGUCUCCAUGACGAACAGUUACCCCGGUAACAGCAGCGUGGAGGACUGGGCUCAGCCAAUAAGAGACGAGUCUGAGGACGAGUUCAGCGGGAUGGGAGGAGCUCCCACCGACGAGGCGCUCAUCAACUCCCUCAAAGUCACACACAGAUGCUCCAUUCUGUCCAACGCCACGGUGAAGUGUGAUACAGGAGUGUAUCAGUCUCUGCAGGCCUGGAAGGACCACAAGCUGCACAUCGACCACGAGAUUGAGACGCUGCAGACGAAGAUAAAGAACCUGCGAGAGGUCAGAGGUCACCUGAAGAAGGCCCGCCCCCUGGAGUGUGACUGUAACAAAUACCUGUAUAAGUCCAAACUGAAGAACAAGCUGAGGUUCAGAGGAGGAGGGCUGCACCCCUUCAGGAAGGGCGGGGCUCGGGAUAAGAAGGCGUGGCUUAUGAAGGAGCAGAAGAGGAGGAAGAAAAUGAGGAAGAUGAUCAAGAGGAUCAGAAACAACGACACGUGUUCGAUGCCCGGACUCACCUGCUUCACACACGACAACCAGCACUGGCACACUGCACCCUACUGGACCUUGGGUCCAUUCUGCGCCUGCACCAGCGCCAACAACAACACAUACUGGUGUCUGAGGACCAUCAACGAGACCCACAACUUCCUGUUCUGUGAGUUUGCCACCGGCUUCCUGGAGUACUUCGACCUCAACACAGACCCAUACCAGCUGAUAAACGCUGUCAGCUCUUUGGAUCGGACGGUUCUCAAUCAGCUUCAUGUUCAGCUGAUGGAGCUCAGAGGCUGCAGAGGACACAAGCAGUGUAAUCCUCGCACACGCUCGUUGGAUCAGGCAGGUGGGCGGGCACAUAGCAGCUUCGAUGACUACAGGCUGUUUGAGAGGAGGAAGUGGCCGAGAGUCAAGAAACCUUCAUCGUCUCGAACCCUAGGUCCGAUCUGGGACGGCUGGAAGGGCUGAGCCUGUUGAUUGGUUGGAGCAGGCUCCUGACCCCACCCACAGCAGCCUGAAGGAGCAGGGCGUGGUCGUCAAGGUGUCAGCACAGGUGGACGACCACGCCCCCGUCUCACCGGUCAGCCAAUCAGCUUCUGCCAUCUCCAUGACGUCCUUUGGCCCUCCCACCCUGCUGCUCAGGGAGACGCUGGGACAAAACACCCAAGACGCCUCUUCAUCAGCUGCUCCUACCUCCUCCUCCUCCUCCUCCUCCUCCUCCUCCUCCUCCUCCUCCUCCUCAGCUCCUCGCUUCUUAUCUAAGGAGGGCAGCUCUUGGUCGAGGAGCCGGAGGGAGAGGCAGAGGAGUAAACAUUAAGCUGUGAAGUUGUUGAAUAAACUCCAGACGACAGUUAAUAUCAGCAGGUUCAGUUUGACAGCAGGAUGUUUUGUCGCCCUGAGUUUAGACUUCCAGGUGCUUCUGCUCACAUUUACACCUGAAUGAUGCCAAAACAUCACCUGAUCACCUCGCUGACAACACUGCCCUCACAUCGAGUCUGUACAACUCUUCUACAGUGAAGUAAGAGCAUCUCUCAGAGACAAACUGACUCCCUGAAACAUUUCUAUCAUAAAGAAAAUUAAAGAUAUUGAUUAUAAAUCUGUUGUUCUUCAGCUUCAGCCUCUGAGGGUUAAUAAAGCCAUCGGCCCUGUUCAGACCUGGUUUAAAACACCAUGUGACCACAGGUGGACAGUACAGCUGACGUCCUCCAUGAAACAAGAACCAGAACCGUAGAGUAGAUGACAUGUUUGGGCUCUCUGAACCUGCCAGUGGAUGUUUCAACUGGAAGUCCCCAGACUCCCUUAACAAAAGUGUCAGUUUAGUGAGUUGUUGAGUUGGAGACACUUUAUAAACUCUGUGAAACUCUGUCUCUGACUCAUUCUGCAUUAGGGUCAGGGUUUCAUACAGAGCAGGAAGUGACAUCACAUCACAGGUGGUGACUCAGGAUGGAUGUAAACAGGUCUGAACAGUUUAUUUACCUCUGAGAACAGAAAGCAACACGUCCUUUACAGUUUCUUAAUGUCCACUAUUACACAUAAACUUCCUGAUUCUGUCUAGAAAGCAGAAACACAAUCCUUUAUUUUCCGACCUCGUCACUGCUGAGCUCCUCCUCCUCCUCCUCCGCCUCCUCCUCUUCAGGUGAACUCCCAGCGGCCAUUUUUAGUUUUACGUGUUCAUAUUUAGUCUUUCUAACAGUCUGUAAAGACAUUAAAGGACCAGUCCGCCCUGUUGUUGUUACUAAACUCAGACUGAGACGAACGCUGACAUCGCUGCUGAUGUCGUUUCUUUUUAUUUCUAUUUUCUUCCACUAACUUGAGUGUUGGUUACCGCGGUGACCGACGGCUUCACUGACGACAGAGCUACAGUUGUACUAACCUGGUGACUGACUCCAGUACCCACAAUGCAACACAGCAGCCCUGAGGAAACGACGAUGAGAACAUUUUGGAUUAAACGAACAAAAGAUUACCGGACUGCGGAAAUCUCCCGCCGUCUCGUGAGCCAAUAAGAAGAGGACUAGAUGGUGAUGUCACUGCAUCCAGAACUUGUUACAGCUGUUUUGUGGAGUUUGGACCGUCAGCCGUCACCCUGGAGGACCGGGGACAGAGUUCUGGUUCUGUGUCGCCACAUUUUGUACUUUUUACUCGUGUUAACCAUCAAACAUCUCCCGUCCAAUCACCUCCUCUCUCACACACGGUCACGCCCCUCUCAGUUCAGCUGAUUUCCUCCUCUCAGCUGAUGUUUUUUACUGUCCAUUUGAUCCCUCGAAUCUGACAGCUGGUCAGAAAAAUGUCCAGAAAUCUAAAUUACAUGUAACUUAAAAAGUGUAAAAUAUAACUGUAGAGAAACACGACUGGAUUCACACAGGACGGGUUUGAAUCGGUGCACACGUGUGAUCGUCUCGCUGAGGACGAGCAAGACAUUUUUUAAAAACUUGAAUAUUAAGUCAUCAAAUCUCCUCUCAGAUACUUUCACACUGUUUUCAGUGAGGCUCUGCACCGAUUGGCCGACGUAUAGACCAAUGAGGUAACAGCUUCAGGUCCUCGCUGCUAUAUUCCUGGUUGAUGUCUUUGAGAAAUCGUAACUUCUGCAAUUUUCUGCCAUCAGAUUCCUGAUUAAUGUUCAGUAGACAACAGAAUUUUAGUUAAAUCAUCAUCAGAGUGAAUAAACUCCUGACAUUAUGAUCGAUCAGACGUGGUGUUUUAAUAUUUUAAGGACAGAUUUCUUGAACAUGUUCUCGCUGGACUUCAGUUUCUACAUCUGUGUUUUUCUUCUUCUCUGGUGGAAAUCUUCCAGUUUGAUCACUGAGAUUAAAGAAGAAGAAGAGCAGCACUCACUCUUUGAUUCUGAUUUCAUUUAUCAUCACUUAAAUGUAAUUUUCUCCUGUCAAACCGCAUCAGAGCGGGACGCGACCUCAUGUUGGUUUAGUCUAACAGUGUGAAAGUGUCUCAGGUGAUUUCUCGUCCUGUGUGAGUGCAGCCGACCCGUCUGCUGUCUGUAGAGGUUCUUUUUUUCUUUGGUUUUGUUUUUUUAACCCCUGAUGUAUUUGCUCUGCGGUGCUAUUUGCUGUCUAACAACUAUCUUGGAAAAAAAACCUCCUGGUUGUGUUUGAAUGUAUUUGUAAAUGUUUCGGUGUGUUUUUAUAAAGACGCGCACUAGAAUCGGACCGUUCUGGACCUGAGCUGAGAGCUGCGGUUCAGAACCGGAUGGACACACACACACACACACACACACACACACACACACACACACACACUGAAGGACAAACUGCUGAGCACUUUGAUUGGCUGAUGGAGGGAUGAAUGGACCAAUGGAGGGUUCAUGUUCGACGGGAAGCGACGCCACAUGAUGCACACCUGCUGCGUGCAGCCCGUUGAUACUGAUCUAACACACCUGUACAGUCACCACUGACCUGGAAACAGUGACCGCUUUUAGUUUGUGAAUAAAGUGUCGAAUGCCAAAAUGGA